AUGCGUCUCCUCCGGACCCUGCGACCUCAAGGUCCCAUCCUUUCAUGUCCACUAAGAACUCAAUCACGCGCGCAAUAUGAAGCAAUCCAGUCAAUCCACCUCAACACCGCACACCCACGUCCACAGACACAUUUAAUACAACCAUGCACCCCGAAAACACAAACAAGAUCAUUCAAUCUCUCCUCCCUCUCCUCUUUCCUACCAACCGGAAAUAACGACGGCAACAACUCCCCCAAGCGCGUCCUCACAGCUUCACGCAUCCUCCCCUACAAACCCGAGCUGCUCUUCAAAGUGAUCUCCUCUGUCGAAUCCUACUCACAAUUCCUUCCCUUUCUCACCGCGUCAACUGUUACCGCUCGGGAUCUUGAAACAGGAUACCCGACUCAAGCAUUCUUAACUGUUGGGUACGGACCCCUCAGUGAGACGUUUACGUCGCGCGUGAUCUGCGAUCCUUCCAAGUGGAUUGUUGAGGCGCGCAGUGGUGCGAAAUAUGGGAAGCCCGAGACCACUGGGUCUGGAUCUGGAUUAAGUGGAUUCUUCCCUGGUGCGAGUGAGGGUAUCUUCGAAUACCUCUCUACGAAAUGGGAGUUGACACCCUUGGAAGGGAAUGGUGCGUCACAGACUAAGGUGGAUUUGGAGGUGAGGUUUGAGUUUUGGAAUCAGUUACAUGCUACUGUCAUGGGAGCCGUUGAGGGACAAAUGGCUGGGGUUAUGAUUGAGGCUUUUGAGAAGAGGAUGAAGGAGAUGCACGGGGAGGGACGGUAG